AUGGCAAAGGAACUUUCAGCCAACGAUGCAAUCCCCAGCGGCUGGCGGACCCGCAAGCCUGGAUCCACCAUCUGGCGUGUUAUCGCUGGCUUCCAAGCAGUACUGGAAGCUAUUUGGUACAGCAUCUACUACAUCCCCGACUCGCUGCGCCCGAGUCGAGAAAUUGGCUCCGCACAGUCCUUGAGCCUUGAGUUCGGCAAUUUAAGCGAUGGUCAAUGCGUGACAAUCAGGCCUGCACCCGCCUCGACGUAUCGCGGCCCCUUCACCACCACCACCACCACCACCAUUCCCAACAAGGAGGCAAUCAAGCGCGAGACCUCUGGUGGUUCUAUCUUUCCUCUCCUGCUCCCUUCUCUGGAUGACGGGCGGCCCGAAGACUCCGAGGCAAACGCCUCCCUGCUCAACAUUACCCACGCCUUCUGGCUGCGGUACCGACUGACCGGCGGAAACAGCCCCACCCCUAUCCAGGCGCCAUGCUAUUGA